AUGGCUGAUCGAUUAACAGCUCAAUUUGUCCAAAACGUAUGGAUUGAAAGCUACGAUCCUACCAUCGAGGAUUCAUACCGCAAACAAAUAGAGGUGGAUGGACGACAAUGCAUUUUGGAAAUUCUAGACACCGCGGGGACAGAACAAUUCACUGCCAUGAGAGAACUUUAUAUGAAACAAGGCCAAGGAUUUUUACUCGUCUUCUCCAUUACUAGCAUGUCAUCAUUGAACGAGCUAUCCGAACUCCGCGAACAAAUCAUACGAAUCAAAGACGACGAAAAAGUACCUCUCGUGAUCGUCGGCAACAAAUCGGAUCUCGAAGACGACCGCGCCGUGCCCCGAGCCCGCGCAUUCGGUCUAUCACAAAAUUGGGGCAACGCGCCAUAUUACGAAACCUCCGCUCGCCGCCGCGCAAACGUUAACGAAGUCUUCAUUGAUCUUUGUCGUCAAAUCAUUCGCAAGGACCUGCAGGGAUCAGGUUCAAGCUCCGACUCGCGCAAGCGCGAAGGCUCAGGCCGUAACGAUCGCAAGAAGGAUAAUAGAACACAACGUCGCCGAUCCCCAUGUGUCAUCCUUUAA